CUUCAGCUAAAAAACCCUUUGCGACGAUUUCAAAGGAGCGGCACACAGAGAAUCUUAUCUUGAUCUCUAUCCACGCGUCAUUUUGUGACUUUCUUCGAGGGUUCUGGAAUCUCUGCGAAUACCGAUUCAGGUACUCUCGCUAUCGUUAGGUUUUGUGGGAACAUCAAGAAUUAGGGUUUGUAUUUCAUUCUUGAUUCUGUUUCUAAAAAUCGAUUAUAUAUUGAAAUGAGUCGUCCACAGGAUCCACAUCGAACUUUCUUCCCAUUUGGUAAUCCAUUCAAAAUGAUGCUACCUAAGGGUUCCUAUCUCUCUCCAAGGCUUCUUGAGUUGUUGAACAAUUUUGAGGAUGCUUUGGCAGAGAGAUUUAGGAAACUUAAGCCAAAAGAUAGGGAGGAAGUCCUGAGCUUAUCAUGGAUGACAUUGGCAAUGGAGUUGCUUUGUCAAACUCAUACUGACAUAAAAAGCGUUAUUACAAAGCUUGAACUCCCUGUAUGUGAUUGGGAUGAUAAAUGGAUUGAUUUGUACUUGGACAAUACCGUGAAGCUGCUUGAUAUUUGCAUUGCUUUCAGUUCUGAGCUCUCACGGCUCAACCAGGGCCAUGUCUUGCUUCACUGUGCCUUGCACAACUUGGGUGCCUCCCCUUCAAACCAGUUUGUAAAGGCUUGCUCUUCACUUGAUGGCUGGAGGCAGCACAUUAGUUCGAAGAAUCGCAGACUUGAGAAUUGUUUUGGCAUCUUAGACAGUCUUACAGAGACACUUAACCAGCCUAAGGUAAAAAAGUCGGCCAAAGGGAAAGUCUUGAUGCGAGCCAUGUAUGGAGUUAAGGUCGUAACCGUGUUUGUCUGUAGCAUUUUUGCUGCUGCCUUCUCGGGUUCUGCAAAUAAGCUAGUGGAUUUACAGGUUCUGGAGUCCUGCUUGUGGGCAGAAUCUUUUGUUGAUGUGCAGACUUAUGUAAAUGGGGAGAUUCGAAAUAUAUUUUCUAGUGGAAGGGUUACAGUAUUGAAAGAGCUUGAAGCAGUUGACACGAGUGUCAAGAAACUGUACCCCACAAUACAGGAUGGGGUGGGUCCAAUUGAAGUAGAAGCCCUUCAAAAUUGUACGUCGGAUUUAGGGAAAAGGGCAGAUAUGCUUUCGCAAGGACUAGAUCUUCUUGCGAAGCAAGUGGAUGGCUUCUUCCAAAUAGUUCUAACUGGACGCGAUGCUUUACUUUGUAACCUUAGAGUGGAUGGUGGUGUACCUGAUCCGAUGCGAGAGACGGACAAUGUAGAAGGGCGAGUUGUGAGGUGAAUCUGAUGAAGGUAAAUUCCCUCCUUGCAUAUACACCAUACACAUGGGUGGGUUUAGGUGUGUGCUCUUCUGUCUCCUGGUUGAUGAAAUUAUUUGUAAUGUGUUAUAUAUAAAUAUAUAUUUGUGCAUAUAUGCAAUGUUAAUUGUAUAAUAAUAAAAGUUUGUAAUGUUUGCAAUGUUGAAUUUGCAUUUUAGUUUUGUAUAAUUUCUCCUCUUGUUCAACUUUGGUAUUAUAUAUAUUUUAGUGGUCUUUUGCCUGAUGCUGCCAAA